GCCGCGAGACCAGAGCCAGCAAGCGAGCGAGCGAACGCCCGCCGUCUGGCGAACCCCGAGCGCAGCCCAGCGCAGCCGCCCGGCCCCAUUCCAGAGACCAGGGCGAGCACAGCGCCACUGGGCCGAGCCGAGCGCAGCGCCCCGAAGCCCAGCACGCGCCGUCGCCCGCGCCCCUCGCCGGGGAAUGCGCCCUCGGCGCGCCGGCCAGGGGGCGCCCGCAGCCCACCCCGGGGGAGGCGGCCCCGAGCGCCCCUGAGCCUUCCCAUGGCCCAGGAUGGGGCCCAGGGACUCGGCUGCUGACGCACCCGAAGCCCAAGGAACCCGUUAAGCCGGGGCCGCGGCGCCGACCCCGGCUCAGGCACAGCGGCGAGAGGGCGCGGGCAGGGCCAUGGCCCCGGGGGGCCGCUAGAGCGAACUGGCCCAACCGGGAGCCGCUCUGCUGCCGCCGCAGCCGCCGCCGCCGCCGCUCGGGAGCCCAGGCCCCGCCGCCGUGGAAGAGGUGUCUAGACGGCCGCCUGCUUCCUGGGCCCUAGGCCCCUCCCACAAUGCCUGUCGCUGGUCUCCUCCUCUGGGCUUCCCUACUGACUGGGGCCUGGCCAGCCACCCCAACCCAGGACCACCUCCUGGCCAUGCCCCGGGUCCGGCUUUCCUUCAAAGAGCUUAAGGCUACAGGCACGGCCCACUUCUUUAACUUUCUGCUCAACACGACGGACUACCGAAUCCUGCUCAAGGACGAGGACCACGACCGCAUGUACGUGGGCAGCAAGGACUACGUGCUGUCCCUGGACCUGCACGACAUCAACCGGGAGCCCCUCAUUAUCCAUUGGGCAGCCUCCCCACAGCGCAUCGAGGAGUGCGUACUGUCAGGCAAGGAUGGCAAUGGUGAGUGCGGGAAUUUCGUCAGGCUCAUCCAGCCCUGGAACCGAACACACCUGUACGUGUGUGGGACAGGCGCCUACAACCCCAUGUGCACCUAUGUAAACCGCGGCCGCCGGGCCCAGGCCACACCCUGGACUCAGAUGCAGGUGGUCAGAGGCCGAGGCAGCAGAGCCACGGAUGGUGCCCUCCACCCGACGCCCACAGCCCCACGCCAGGAUUACAUCUUCUACCUGGAGCCUGAGAGACUCGAGUCAGGGAAGGGCAAGUGUCCGUACGACCCCAAGCUGGACACAGCCUCGGCCCUCAUCAACGAGGAGCUGUACGCGGGCGUGUACAUCGACUUCAUGGGCACUGACGCAGCCAUCUUCCGCACACUUGGAAAGCAGACGGCCAUGCGCACCGACCAGUACAACUCCCGGUGGCUCAAUGACCCUGCAUUCAUCCACGCUGAGCUCAUCCCGGACAGCGCGGAGCGCAACGACGACAAGCUCUACUUCUUCUUCCGUGAGCGGUCGGCGGAGGCGCCGCAGAACCCCGCCGUGUACGCCCGCAUCGGGCGGAUCUGCCUGAACGAUGAUGGAGGUCACUGCUGCCUGGUCAACAAGUGGAGCACAUUCCUGAAGGCACGGCUGGUCUGCUCCGUGCCUGGUGAUGAUGGCAUCGAGACUCACUUCGACGAGCUCCAGGAUGUGUUUGUCCAGCAGACCCAGGAUGUGAGGAACCCAGUCAUUUAUGCUGUCUUUACGUCCUCGGGCUCCGUGUUCCGAGGCUCUGCCGUGUGUGUCUACUCCAUGGCUGACAUUCGCAUGGUCUUCAAUGGGCCCUUUGCCCACAAGGAGGGCCCCAACUACCAGUGGAUGCCCUUCUCAGGGAAGAUGCCCUACCCACGGCCCGGCACGUGCCCUGGCGGAACCUUCACACCAUCCAUGAAGUCCACCAAGGACUACCCUGAUGAAGUGAUCAACUUCAUGCGCAGCCACCCGCUCAUGUACCAGGCCGUGUACCCUCUGCAGCGGCGGCCCCUGGUGGUCCGCACAGGCGCUCCCUACCGUCUCACCACUGUCGCCGUGGACCAGGUGGAUGCAGCCGAUGGGCGCUAUGAGGUGCUUUUCCUGGGCACAGACCGCGGGACAGUGCAGAAGGUGAUUGUGCUGCCUAAAGAUGACCAGGAGAUGGAGGAGCUCAUGCUAGAGGAGGUGGAGGUCUUCAAGGACCCAGCACCCGUUAAGACCAUGACCAUCUCUUCCAAGAGGCAACAGCUAUACGUGGCCUCAGCUGUGGGCGUCACACACCUGAGCCUGCACCGCUGCCAGGCAUAUGGGGCUGCCUGCGCCGACUGCUGCCUCGCCCGGGACCCCUACUGUGCCUGGGAUGGCCAGGCCUGUUCCCGCUACACAGCAUCCUCUAAGAGGCGGAGCCGCCGGCAGGACGUCCGGCAUGGGAACCCUAUCAGGCAGUGCCGUGGAUUCAAUUCCAACGCCAACAAGAACGCUGUGGAGUCUGUGCAGUACGGCGUGGCGGGGAGCGCAGCCUUCCUUGAGUGCCAGCCCCGCUCACCCCAGGCCACUGUUAAGUGGCUGUUCCAGCGAGAUCCCAGUGACCGGCGCCGUGAGAUUCGUGCAGAGGACCGCUUCCUGCGCACAGAGCAGGGCUUGCUGCUUCGCGCCCUGCAGCUUGGUGAUCGAGGCCUCUACUCCUGUACAGCCACCGAGAACAAUUUCAAGCACGUCAUCACACGGGUGCAGCUGCAUGUCCUGGGCCGAGAUGCCGUCCAUGCUGCCCUCUUCCCACCGCCAGUUGUGAGCGUCCCACCGCCCCCAGGCGCCGGCCUCCCAACACCCCCUUACCAGGAGCUGGCCCAGCUGCUGGCCCAGCCGGAAGUGGGCCUCAUCCACCAGUACUGCCAGGGCUACUGGCGCCACGUGCCUCCCAGCCCCAGGGAGGCCCCAGGGGCACCCAGGCCUCCUGAACCCCAGGACCAGAAAAAGCCCCGGAACCGCCGCCACCACCCGCCGGACACAUGAGGCCUGCUGUCUGAGCCCUGCAAUGGGCCAGCCUAGCCCUUGUCCCUUUUAAUAUAAAAGAUAUAUAUAUAUAUAUAAAAUAUCUAUAUUCUAUACACACCCUGCCCCUGCAAAGACAGUAUUUAUUGGUGGGUUGUAAAUAGUCUGCCUCAGUGUCAGCAUCGUCCAAAACUUAGACCCGUGCUGGUCAGAGAUGACAGAAAAUGGAGCCCACCUAACCAGCCCCAGCCAGUUGGCAGGGCCAGGCCAGGACCACAGUCCCCAGGCUCAGCUAGGAGUCUACCUGCUCAACAGCCACUGCCGGGAUCUGCCGGACACGGGGAGGGAGCGAGCUCUACCUGGAUGGGGCACGGACCGGACACCUCUGCCAGUGUGUGCUGUCAGCCUGCGCCGUCGGCAUAGACGUGGAUGCGAGGACUGUUUUGGAGACUGGGGGUGGGGGGUGGGGGCUCAGAUGUACUCAGAGAAGGGAAGAUGGGGCCGUCACAGGAUGCCAGCCCCUGCCUGGGAGAGGGGCACUCAGUCAAGGCCAGCCCGUUCCUGGGUAUUUAUUUAUUGGGGACAGGAGGAGAGGAGCCCUACCUGGGUGGGGCAGCACCUCCAGUCCCCCUCCCUCCCUGUCUGGCUACUCUACCUCCUCUUUUUGUCUGUGCCACCGUGAUGGGACUGGGAGGAGAGCAGAGGGGCCAGGUGUGGGCAGGGCUGAGGGGGAAGGGAGCCAUGGUGGAGGCCUGGGGCCAGUAGGGGCUCCCAGGGCUCCCUUCUGCCUACCACUUCAGAUGAUGGGUGUAAAUAGCUCUGAAGGGCAGUUGGGUAGGUGGGUGGGGGCUCCAGGUGGCCCUCUGCUGCCCAGGCCACACCUACCCUGGGGUUCCAUCGUGCUAAUAAACACUGGCUCUGGGAUUAGACUUUGGCUUUCUCCUUGGCAGAGGAGGGAGGAUGGGGUUCAGCCCACACCCAAGUUCUGUCUCUUCUGUCCCCUCCCCUGACAAUGUGGCCUGGCUACCAGUCCCCCCACGAUAUCUUCUGCAAGCCCAGCUUCCAUUCGCUCAUUCAGUGGUUUGAUCAUUUGUUCACACCACUUUCUCACCUGGCUUUGUGUCCCACAGGGCACUAAGGACUCAGAAUUGGCAAGACAAAGCCAUAGCCUUCACAGUUCAGUGGCCUCUGCCCUGAGAAUCAGCAGAAUUCCCAUGCUUCCUGCCUCCUCCUAGCCAGCUCUCAGCAGAGGGACCAGCAGGAGCAAAUGUCCAGAGGUCAGGAAGACCAGGAGAGGUGGGAGCUGCUAGAGGGGAAGAGGUGGGGCUGAGGGCCCUGGGCCAAAUGGAAUUUAAGCCCUGGCAGGGGAAUUUAAGAGCCGGAAGGCUCAUGGAUCCAUCAGGGCUUAGGGCCAUACCUGGCAGGCAAGGGGAACCAGGUGGGGACUGGGAGGCAGUGGAAUGGUUCCCUUUUAAAUAAACCCAAUAUGUAGAAA